GCAGCAACAGUUCAGUCUACGUUUUGGCCUAAACGCGUUUGCUUGGAAUUGGCCAGCGCGCAUGAGCCGUCAGUUAGUCUGCCAGCGUUGCUUCCCCCGUCUCUCUCACUCUCGUACUCACUCACUCACUUUGUGUGCGCUGUGCAGUGUGCGUGUGUGUGUGUGCGUGUAUGUGUGGCCUGUUAACAAAAUGUGAUUAGCAAAAAUACAAAAGAAGAAACGAAGGCAGCAGCGAACAACAGCAAAAGAACAGACAACGCGAAAGUGUGUUAAAAAUAACAAAUAAUACUUAUACUCUUCUCGUACUAUGCAUACGAAUAACAACAACAACAAUACGAAUAUGAAUUCGGUUUUACAGUUUCACAGUUUUGUUUAGUGUAUGUAUGUAUGUGUGUGUUUUUUGCAUAAAUGCAAAUGAAAGGCAAAAGUCCAAUGCGCUGGCGCUGCAACAAUAACAUAAUUAAAUAAAUCCAAUACGUUAAAACCAAUGCUGAAUUUUGUGCAACGCCAGCGGCAGUAGCAGCAGCAACAGCAGCAAUAAUACUCAUAUUGAACUACACCCAAAAGACUACAACAACAACAACGGCGGCUGUGCGGCUGACUGACUUGGUCGACAGCUCACCAACAACAACAAUAGCACCAGCAGCAGCAGCAGCAACAACAACAACCACAGUCAAAGUCGUCAUCUACCUUUUUCGUGCCUUUUCAAGUGUUUUGCUAUUGUUGUUGCUGUUGUUGUUAUCCCCCGCUCAGCAGAGCAUAGACAGGAGAGAGAGCAACAGACCGCGAGAGAGAGCGAGAGCUGAGUGCAGUUCCAGUUCCAAUUCCAGUUCCAUGCGCCGACCUCAGCUCAGCUGUGCCUGCAGCCCCCCUCCUCCGCUUCCCCAGCCCAGCCUCUUAUGCUCAAGCUCGUCGUAUGCAAUUUCGCUGCCCAAGGAGAUGAUUGACUAGACUAGAGCGAUGCACGAACUGUUUACGAAAGUGCUCGCCAAGCGCGAUUUGUCCCGUGCCGGAGAUUUGUUCUCCGUUCCCGAUGCGGACAUUGUCAACGACAUCACCGAGGUGCUGUCGGAAAUCAAUCCCAUUAUCUCGCAUGCGGAUUACGUGAAGAACAACAAUGAUCAGAGCGUUGUGGAGAUUUGCGUCACUCGUGUGCUUUCCUGCAUACGCGAAACACGCAGCGCGGAGCGUUAUUGUGCCGCUCUUGUGGAUCUGCUAAAGACCUGUCUGCUCUGGAAUCUGCAGCCAGUGGCAACCACCAAGGAGGAGCCGCCACAUGCCAAGAUUGCUGCCGACAUCAUCUCCAGCAUAUUUCUGAACUAUGAUAAGAAGGAACUCAUGAAGAUUGCGCUGCCCAUUGCGGUGCAGUUUCUGCCCAAGGGCAACAAGGAGCUCUCCCGCAAUCUCGCCAGCUAUCUCUCGCUGGCCGCCAUCGAUUAUGCCUAUCUCUUGAUUGACAUCAUGGAUCCCAUCAUGGACUCCAUACUUGCGGGCAACUAUGGACUGUUGCGUGUGCUCUCCCAGGUCUAUGAGGUUUCCCCCGAGACCGUAACGCCCCAUGCUCCACUCCUCAUUCCGCUGCUGCCGCAAUGUGAUGCCCAGGAACGCAUGGCCGUCUUUCAGCUGUAUCUGCUCAUUGUGCAGAAGUCACCAGCUGUGCUGGAGUCUUGUGUACCUCAACUUUGUGGCUUUCUGCAGGACAGCGACACCUCGAACAUCACCAUGCAGAUACUGCUUAAACUGGCGCAGCACUCGCCACACCUGCUCGUCGAUCACUUCGAGCAGCUGCGCCUAGCUGCGAAAACCAAUCCGAGUACGGUCACACUGUGCGCCCAAAUCCUUACCACCUCGGGCAUUGGCAGCAAGGAGACCGCUCAGCAGGCCCUUGACUUUGUGCUGGAACAUUUGCCCGCUCAGGCGCUGUUGCAACAGGAGGCGACGCGUCUGUGCUCCGCUUAUCCCGUGCUCUUCACCGACAAGGUGCUCGCCUGUGUGCGCCAGAAGAACGCAGCGCUCAGCUCGCAGCACGAUGUGGGCAACAAGACGUCGGGUGGCGUCACCAUCGUUAGUCUGAACAGCUCCAGUCCGAGUCCGCCCAUGAAGCCAGCUCCCUCAACCAGCAACAUGCUGCAGACACCGCUUGGCAAUGCCACGCCCACAGCCAUAGCGACGCCUACACCCACGCCAACACCACUGUCUACAUCCACGCCCCUUGCACCGCCUGCUGCGCCAACGCCAGCGCCACAGCCUGUGAUCGCUCAGGUGGCCACGCCCACGCCUCCACACACGGGUUACACGCGUCGUGUGAAGCUUGGGGAUUCUCGCAGCACGGGACGUUUGCAUCCGGCGAGCAAUACGCACCGCAGCGUGACCCGCUUGAAUGUGGCCAGCGGCUCGGUGGGCGGACUGCACAAGAGCAUGACGCGUCUGAGCAAUUCACAACUGAAUCAACAGGCUGCUGGUGGCAGUUCCAAUGGCAACGUUGUGGUGCAAACGGGCGCCACGCCCAAGACGCCCACCACACCAAAUAAUCCGCCAGUGACGCCGGUGCCGCCGCUGAGCAACGAUGUGAUUAUCACGGGACACAAUAAGCAUGGCAUACCGGUGACUUCGGGCGGCGUGACGGUGACCACAUCGCCAUCAAAAGUGCGUCCCCAUUCGCAAGGUCCCUCAACGCUGCUCAACUCGAGCACAGUGUUGAUGAAGUACAGCACCGAUGCACUGAACCAGUCGGUGGGCUCCAUUUCCAUACCACAAACGGGAGCAGGAACAUCAGUAGGAACGGGAACAGCAGCAGGAGCUGCACAGAACGCCGUCUCCGUACAUCAUGCAUCGCCAGCAUUGCCUCAAUGCUCCAGCAAUGGCAAUGCCAAGUCCGUCAUGAAGCUGCCAGUCAAUGGCAAUAGCGAGGUGAUCGUCUCGGGUCCCACGACCACCACGAAUGUAGCGCCUCGUCGCAGUGAUAACACCAGUCGCACUUUACUCAAUGCCAACAACGUCAUGGAUCAGCGUAUGAGCACCUUUGAGCCAUAUCAGAUCAUGCGCGAUCCCGUCCAACAGUUUUGCGAGAAGAACUUUGUCUCCAUCAAGUCGUAUAUGGAUGAGGUCUCACAGCACUUGCCACCGCCCACCAGGUGCAGCAUUGAGGUUUCCAAUGAAUUCGCAGAGCGUCGCAAGAAGGUGGCUAAACUGCAUUUUGCAUGCCAGAUACGUGGACCGCAUUGCCUCUACUCGAAGACCUGCUUCACUAUGCGUACACGCAACCCCAAAACCUGGAUACACAUGAUCUUCCUCGACUUCCAAGUGCGGCACUUUGUCAAAGAGAAAUGUGUGCUUAGCACACGUGAGCCGGGUAUCAGCAAUCUGAAGAACAUCUGGCAGAUACUCAAGUGCGAGAAUCGCAGCUUCACCGAACUGGUCACCAGUCAGUUUCCCCAGGUCAAGGACCGUGAGAUACUUGUGAAUGAGCUGCGUCACUCGGGCUUUCUCGAUGUGUUCGAGGUGUCCAAGACGAACAAGUCGAAUCCUAACUGCAAUGAGCUGGAGUAUCAAUGGGGCUGCUUUCUGUGCAAUCAUCCGGACAAGGCGGUUGGCUUCCUCAAUGGCAGCAAUCAGCCCAUGAUCGAGGGCCAGCUCAAGGAGAAGAAGGGCAAGUGGCGACUCUUUAGGCGCUGGCGGACUCGCUACUUCACGCUCUCCGGCGCCCAUCUGUCCUGCAAGGGAUCGAGCGGCGGCGAGAGCAUCGAUGUGAAUCAAAUACGCUCCGUUAAAGUGUCGCGUGGGGCUCGAAAUAUACCCAAGGCUUUUGAGAUCUUCACUGCGGAUCAGACACUAAUACUCAAGCCCAAGGACGGCAAGAAUGCUGAGGAGUGGGUGCAGUGCCUCAGCAUUGUGGUGGCCCAUUCGCAGGCUCGCGACAAUCCCACAGUCAAGACAAAUAGUUUGCCCGCCCGCAGCAUUGGCAACAGCAAGCCUUCCUUCUAGCAGCAACAAGACAAGACAGAACCUGAACCUACAUUGUGAGAUUAUUUGUAAUUGUAAAGACCACAAACACACAAAACAAAAAGACACGAGCGGCGGCCGCAAGAGACAUUCAUAGCUGUCCAUAUCUACUUAUACACGAAUACA